UUGUGUUAGUGCUGGAGGAUUUGUGAGAGCAUUUUCAAUUUUUCUCACGGAUAUUCUCAAAUCUCCUGGUGAAUUUCGAAUUUACUGUUAAAAUCAAAAAUAUGUCUAUGAAAACGACGUAAACUGUAAAAAUUUCGGUAAAACGGGUAAAUUUCAGACUUCAAAUUUGACAUAAUGACAGAUUCAGAAUCGGCUCCAGAGGAUGUUUCCUUCCAGACAGCCAAGGAUGAAGCUCUCGAUAAAAUUAAAGGAGCUGCUGAUGCGAUGAAGCUUAUGAAUGAUCGAAAGCGUGAAGUGAGAAAGCGGAAAGCUGAAUUCUUGAAAGAGCAAAAGGAGAAAAAACUGGCCAAACUCAAGAAACUGGAAAGUCUUAAACUCCCCGAUUCUAUUUUAAACAAUUUAAGUUCGGAGCCAGUUGAAGAUGAGCCAUUAAAACCUGCCGCAAGUGAAAAUCAGAUUAAAACAUUUGACUCAGAUUGCAACAGUUCUGCUGAAGAAAAUGACUUGGACACCGGUUCAACUCGGUUUGAUAUUGUUACAAAGAAAGAUCUGAAUUCUGAUAAAUAUAGAAGUUCUGAAGCGUGGAGCUUUAGAGAAAAAAUGCUCUUUGGAUCAAGGGUUCGACGCGAAGCGCACUCUCAAAAGAAUGUUCAGAAAUUGAAGCAGGCUGCGGGAAAAAGCACAAAGAUAUCAAUCAAUACAUAAGUUUUUUUCAGAUAUUUUUUCUCAUAUGGAACUUUGAGAAAUUUUCUUAACAAUGGCUCAGCAAGAACAGACCGUACCCGCUACCAAACAAUACUUUAAGGGUGUUGUAAAAUCUGUUUUGGACGGUGGAGCAGUUGUAAUCCGAGGACAGCCUAGGAAUGGACCUCCUCCAGAGCGUGUACUUGCUCUUACAAACAUCGAUGCGCCAAGGCUAGGACGUCGUCCUACUGCCAAUGCUGCCGCUACGGCCGACGAGCCCCUGGCGUGGGAAGCCAGGGAGUUCUUGAGAAACCUGGUUGUUGGUAAGCAGGUCAUUGGUCACGUCGUACACACGGCCAACAGAGAGUAUGGAUCCCUGGUUCUCGGAGAUAAUCCCGAGACUGGAGUUGAUGUUGCUCUGGCUCUAGUAGAUGAAGGACUUGCAAAGUGCCGCGAUAAUUGUCAGGACGCUAACCUACUGGAGGCCCAGGAGCGAGCUAAGGGUUCUAAGAAGGGAGUUUGGGCUGAUGAUGCCUCCAGUCAUGUGAGGAAUAUCACCUGGGAGGUGGAGAACCCUAGACUUCUUGUUGAGAAGUACAACGGAAAGCCUGUAAAGGCUGUUGUUGAGCAUGUAAGAGAUGGAACCACUGUCAGAGUUCUCUUGGUUCCGGAUUUCAUUCAGAUAACUCUGAUGCUGUCUGGAGUAAGAUCUCCUGGAACUAAGAGCGGACCUGAUGGAAAACCUGACCCAGUUCAGAGUGAACUCUACGCAGUAGAGGCACACUACUUUACAGAGUCAAGACUUCUUCAGAGGGAUGUUGAGGUUAUCCUGGAGUCCAGCAGCAACAACAACUUUGUUGGGUCCGUGGUCCAUCCAAUGGGAAACAUUGCGGAGGCUCUUCUCAAGGAGGGGUUGGCGAAGUGUGUAGACUGGUCUAUCUCUAAGGUUACCGGUGGACCUGAAAAGUAUAGAAAUGCUGAGAAGAUUGCUAAAGAGAAACAGUCCAGACUCUGGAGGAACUAUACAGCUACACAGUCAACAAUUUCAGAGAAGGAUCGCGAGUUUACUGGUAAGGUUCUUGAGAUCGUGAACGGAGACGCCCUGAUGGUUAAGGUCGGGAAGGUUGUCAGGAAAAUCCAUCUUGCAUCUAUCAGACCCCCGAGACUAGAGGACAACAAGGAGGACGGAAGUAGGACAAAGCAGAAGGGAUUCCGUCCCCUGUACGAUAUUCCGUUCAUGUACGAGGCCAGGGAGUUCCUUAGAAAGAAGCUGAUCGGACAUAACGUUCAGGUUACUGUUGAUUAUGUGCAAGGUAGCCGGCCUGCUGUAGGAGGAGAACCAGAUUAUCCUGAGAAGACUUGCUGCACCGUCGUUAUCGGUAACAUUUGUCUUAAAUCAUUUUCCAAAAUCCAAAAUUUAAAAAUUUAUGAAAUUAAGAUUUAUGUGGAUUUUUUGAUGCCAAUGAUUGAUUCUGUAUCCAGGUAUGAUGAGUUACUGCAGGCCGAGGAUAAAGCCCAGAAGACCCUGAAGGGUUUACAUGACAAGAAAAAUGUUCCCAAGCACAAGGUUAACGAUAUGACAGCAUAUAUUCAGGGUGUAGUGGAGUUUGUAGCGAGUGGAUCCAGGUUUCGAGUAUUCAUUCCUCGUGAGACUUGCAUCCUAACUUUUCUUCUUGGUGGGAUCAACUGUGUUAGGAGCUCGAGGUCUAUGCCAUCCGGAGAGGUGGUUAAAGGGGACGCCUACGGUGACGAGUGUCUGCUCCACGUCAAGGAGAUGGUGAUGCAGCGCGAGGUCGAGAUAGAGGUCGAGAGCAUGGACAAGGCCGGCAACUUUAUUGGAUACAUGUGGGUGGACAACAACAACAUGUCCGUACACUUGGUCCAGGAGGGGUUCGCCUCAAUGCAUUUCACCGCUGACAAGGCUCAGUAUGGUAACAUGAUCAAGAAUGCCGAGGAUAACGCUAAGAAGGCGCUUAAGAGAAUCUGGACUAACUACACUGGAGAGGCAGAGCCUUCAGUUUGGAGGAACACAGAGGUUGUUAGAGAGGAGGAGGAGGCAAAGACCUUGAAUGAGGACAGAAAGGUUUCCUACGAAAAGGUCCUUGUGUCCGAGGUCACCGACGAGGCUAAGAUUUACGCCUGCAACGUAAACGACGGUCCUGCCCUAGAGAAGCUAAUGGACUGCCUCAGAGAGGAGUUCACAGCUAACCCACCGCUGGCCGGUGCCUACCAACCCCGGAAGAAUGACCUGUGUGCUGCCAAGUUUACUGACAACCAAUGGUACAGGGCCAAGGUGGAGAAGGUGUCUCCCACCUCCGUCAACGUUCUUUACAUCGAUUACGGAAACCGGGCUGAAGUCCCCAAAACAAAGGUUGCCAGCUUGCCAAGUAGUUUCACUACUCCAGGAGGAUUCGCUAAGGGAUAUAACCUUGCUCUGUGCAGUUUGCCCGGAGAUGAAGAGCUUGCUGGUCUAGGUAUCCAGGGACUAAAGGAGGAUCUUCUUGAUCAAACCGUUAAGAUGAAUGUUGAAUACAGAGUUGGAACUGACAGUUUUGUCACCUUCCACACCGAGGCUGGGGAGGAUAUUGGUAAAGGUCUCGUAGGAGACGGUUUACUUCUGGUUGACCGGAAGGGAGGACGUAAGCUCGCUGCUCUGGUCAAGGAGUACGAGGAUGCCAUGGCACGCGCUAAGAAAGAUCAUCUUAACAUUUGGCGCUACGGAGACAUCACUGCCGAUGAUGCCAAGGAGUUUGGAACUGGCAAAUAAUAAGUUGUUCCAACUCUCAAUCCUCCGGCAUCAAGGUUUGCUGGAUUCUGGAAAACCAGUUAAAUAAGGGACAAAAUGCAGAAAUAAAGAGUUAGGUAACUAAAGUGGGGGUCUAACCACACGGCCCCACUUAACAACAGUGAUAAAAGGGAAACCUGCAUAUUUUUGAUAAAUUUUAUUUGUUAUAAACCCAUGAGUGUAAAUGUUUUUAUUAUUGUUUCUCUUUGUGCUAAAUAAUAUUUGAUAUUUUUCUAAAUCUUCGAGAUUCCAACAUACUACCACACCAACCACCACUGUGCAUUUGUUCUCGCUACGAGCGCGUAUUUUCAAUGUAUUUCACAUUAUGUUCCAGUUUCAGUUUAACUGUUGAAAUAUAUUGUUAGUAUGUAAAA